GGCUCCUACUGCCUUGGGCUGGACAGAUGCAGGGCAGAGGUCAUCUCUGCCUCUGGACCCUGGAGAAAUAUUCAUCACCUCUCUGAACAGCACACAUCUGUGGUCUGCAAAGAGAAGCAGAGCUCGAAGAUGAAAUGUCUGCUCCCCCGGUUUCCCCUGAUCCUGGUCAUCUGCUGCUUCUGUAUGCUACUGAUUCCCUCCUCAGGAGCUUCUCUACCUUUAGCUGAUCCUCCUGACAGCGUGAAUAUUGUGGACCCUGAGCGGCUGGCACACUUUCUGAACCAGAGGGAAUCAUGUUCUAACCAACAUAAGGAAAACCAGGAUGUAUACAAAAGGUUUUUAUUUCACUACUCCAGAACUCGGAAGCCAACACAUCCAGUUAACCCUGAGUUUGCUCCAGUCCAUCCACUGAUGCGCCUGGCCGCCAAGCUCGCCAGCCGAAGGAUGAAAAGACUAACGCGAUUGCCGCGCCCUGAUUCCAGGGCGGCUACUGUGGACUUCCCUAAGAAGGAUCCUACUACCAGCUUGGGGCGGCCAUUUUUCCUUUUCAGGCCUAGGAAUGGAAGAUACACUGACACCAAAGUCCAGUAGACAGCAAGAAUCCCAUUGUCACAAGGCAGUGUGCGUCUUUGGAAGAAAUACCAAGAGUUACUUUAUGUGUAUAUUUAACCUUAUUUCUGUUGUCCCAUGCUCUCCAAAAUACUUAGUUGUAUAAAGAAUAAAAUGGCGCUGAUGUAUCAUCUUUAGUUUUUGUUGGAAGACUGUGGGAAUACAUUUCAUGUAUAGACUUCUAAGAAUUUACUGAUUUGGGUGUGGAACAGUCUAACUUGCUGGUGAUUGAACACAUCUGUUGAGGACAAGCUAAGAUCCUGAUAUCAGAUCCUAGCUGUGUUUGCUUUCUAGCCGGGUGGCUUUGAUAUAUCAGUCAAUUUCCAUUUCUGUAGUAAAAGCCUGACAUAACAUUAAUUAAAAGCAUGGAACAUUAA